AUGGAUCCAAACAAACCACAGUACUUCAUUCAUCCAUAUGAUCCUGCUAAUCUUAGUGGUGCAAAGGCUUCAGAUAGUGGUAGGAAGAGCAAAAAUUGUAGGAAAAGUGAAGAUUGCGGCGAGAAGCUGCAGGUUAUUUCUGGCUCACCACUAGCAGUUGUAGCUGCAGUACAAAAAGCACAACAGCAACAUGUUGCAGCAACACUUACAAGUUCUGGUGCACCAGUUACAGUGAAUAUUGAUAUACAAGCACUAACUGAUAUGGCACAUCGAGAAUAUCAAGCCGGUGAUUAUGCAAAUGCUGAGCAACAUUGCGUGACAAUUUGGCGUGCUGAUCCAAAUAACGUCAGUGUGCUACUUCUUCUCUCUUCGAUACACUUUCAAUUAAAAGACCUGGAUAAGUCGAUGCAAUUUUCAACAAUGGCAAUUAAAGCAAAUCCGAAAUGUGCUGAGGCAUACAGUAAUUUGGGCAAUGUGUAUAAGGAGCGAAAUCAAUUAGCAGAAGCACUGGAAAACUAUAAGAUAGCGGUGUCACUGAAACCAGAUUUUAUUGAUGGAUAUAUCAAUCUAGCAGCUGCGCUAGUUGCCACUGGUGAUUUGGAUCAAGCUGUGAAUGCAUAUGUUUCUGCUCUUCAGUAUAAUCCCGAUCUGUAUUGUGUACGAAGUGAUCUGGGUAACCUGCUGAAAGCAAUGGGUCGUCUCGAAGAUGCUAAGGUUCCACUCUAUAUCGAUGUGCAGGCUCGCUUCGUCCAAGGAAUUGUGAACUCUACUGAGCUUCUGGGUUGUUAUCUGAAAGCAAUCGAAACACAACCACAGUUCGCGGUUGCCUGGUCUAAUUUGGGUUGCGUUUUUAAUGCCCAGGGAGAAAUUUGGCUUGCGAUACAUCAUUUUGAGAAAGCUGUUCAACUGGACCCAAAUUUUCUGGAUGCUUAUAUAAAUUUGGGUAAUGUACUGAAAGAAGCACGCAUUUUUGAUCGAGCGGUUGCUGCUUAUUUGCGUGCAUUAAAUUUGGCCGGGAAUCAUGCUGUUGUUCAUGGAAACCUGGCAUGUGUUUAUUAUGAGCAAGGGCUUAUCGAUUUGGCUAUUGAUAUGUAUCGAAAAGCUAUCGAUUUGCAACCGAAUUUUCCCGAUGCAUAUUGCAAUUUGGCCAAUGCUUUAAAAGAAAAAGGUUUGGUAUCCGAAGCAGAAGCUGCAUAUAACAAAGCAUUGCAGCUCUGUCCAACGCAUGCUGAUUCACAGAACAACCUAGCAAAUAUCAAAAGAGAACAAGGAAAAAUUGAGGAUGCUACAAGGCUUUAUUUGAAAGCGUUAGAGAUUUAUCCUGAAUUUGCCGCUGCACAUAGUAAUCUUGCAUCGAUACUGCAACAACAAGGCAAACUUCAAGAUGCAAUCAAUCAUUAUAAGGAAGCAAUUCGUAUAGCACCCACAUUUGCUGAUGCAUAUUCAAAUAUGGGAAAUACAUUAAAAGAAAUGGGUGAUGUUGGCGGAGCAUUACAAUGUUAUACUCGUGCUAUACAGAUCAAUCCUGGAUUCGCUGAUGCGCAUAGUAAUUUGGCUAGCAUACAUAAGGAUUCUGGUAAUAUUCCUGAAGCAAUUCAAAGUUACUCAACAGCACUCAAGUUAAAACCUGAUUUUCCUGAUGCAUUCUGUAACUUGGCUCAUUGUUUGCAGAUUAUUUGCGACUGGAAUGAUUAUGAUAAUCGUAUGAAGAAACUUAUAGCAAUUGUUGAUGACCAAUUGCAAAAAAAACGUUUGCCAUCAGUACAUCCACAUCAUUCAAUGCUCUAUCCAUUAACACAUGCUGUUCGAAUGGCUAUUGCAGCAAAACAUGCACAAUUAUGCAUUGAAAAAGUCCAAAUAUGUCACAAAGCACCAUAUAUAUAUCCUGAUCGAAACAGCGUUCGCAAAGGACAACGUUUACGAAUCGGUUAUGUAUCGUCUGAUUUUGGCAAUCAUCCUACCAGUCAUUUGAUGCAGUCCAUUCCGGGAAUGCAUAAUCGUGAAAAUGUUGAGGUGUUUUGCUAUGCACUUUCUCCAAAUGAUGGUACCAAUUUCCGACAAAAAUUGAUGAAUGAGUCAGAACAUUUCGUUGAUUUAUCACAGAUUACAUGUAAUGGAAAAGCAGCUGAUCGCAUACAUGAUGAUGGAAUCCAUAUUUUGAUCAAUAUGAAUGGAUAUACGAAAGGUGCACGCAAUGAAAUAUUCGCAUUACGCCCAGCACCCAUUCAGGUGAUGUGGCUUGGUUAUCCGAGUACUUCGGGUGCUCCAUUUAUGGAUUAUAUAAUUACUGAUUCGGUAACAUCUCCUUUGGAACUUGCUCAUGCAUAUAGUGAAAAACUUGCAUAUAUGCCUCAUACAUUCUUUAUUGGUGAUCAUGCCCAAAUGCUAAAACAUCUUACUGAGCGAGUAAUUGUUAAAGAGAAAAAUGACCCAACCCCAAUUGACAAGGAAACUGUCACAGUUGUGAAUUCGGUGAAUUUGGAGCCGCUAUUGUCAAAAGCAGAAGUCAAGCCAUUUGUUCGAGAAGCUGAAGUGGCACAUGGUCCAGAACGUGAUAUGAUCAAGACUGAAGUGGUGCUUCCAGUAAUUGAAGUACCAACAACUGAACCACUUAAACAGAUGAUUGGUUCUGGUAUGAUUGCUGGUAAUGUUGAAGGUGUACCGGUACAGAAUGGUCUUACUACUUUGAAUCAAACACAUGUAAAAGCAGCAACAGGUGAAGAAGUACCACAUACCAUCCUGGUUACAUCACGACAACAAUACGGACUACCUGAUGAUGCUAUUGUCUUCUGCAAUUUCAAUCAGCUGUAUAAAAUCGAUCCUCCAACCCUAUCGAUGUGGUGUGACAUCCUGAAAUUGGUACCAAAUAGUAUUUUAUGGUUGCUUCGAUUCCCUUAUCACGGAGAACCAAAUGUUAUGCGGUUUUGCGCGGAACGGAAUAUAGAUACGCGUCGCAUUGUAUUUUCUAAUGUAGCUGCAAAGGAAGAACACGUACGACGUGGUCAACUUGCGGAUGUUUGCUUAGAUACGCCACUUUGUAAUGGACACACCACUGGAAUGGAUAUCUUAUGGACGGGGACACCAAUGAUCACAAUGCCAUUGGAAACAUUAGCAUCACGUGUUGCAUCAAGUCAAUUGUACGCUCUUGGUGUACCGGAAUUAGUAGCAAAAGAUCGUGAAGAUUAUAUCAAGAUUGCAAAAAGACUGGGCACCGAUCGAGAAUAUCUUAGUCAAAUUCGUGCAAAAGUUUGGAAAGCUCGAACAACAUCAACAUUGUUUAAUGUUCGUCAAUAUUGUUCGGAUAUGGAGCGUUUGUUGCAUAAGAUGUGGAAGCGUUAUGCAGAUGGUUUAUCACCGGAUCACAUAUUGUCGGAUCGUGAGGGACGAGAUUCAAAUGAUAGAACGAACUGA